GAUGAGUUAGUUUCGGCCCAAGGUUCACUACAUUUUAAUUCGGCACCUUUUGGUGGCAUGCUCGUAGCCUUGCGUGCAUAUCUACUUUGUGUAAGUAUCUAGUUCUGUCUGGGCAAUUGCGAACUCUCCGUCGACUUCGGACCACCAACACCGUGCCCGCACUCUCAGAACCAACGGCGCUCGAAUGUACAGCUCAGCAGCGCAAGUGUCCGGGACGGCGAGACAGAGGGAGUCGCAAUCGAACUCCGCGUCCAUCGCAGUUUUUAUCGAUCGUUGUAAACAUGCAAAGCACUGGAGCUCAGCGCUCCAUGUUCUUCGAGACGCAUCGCGGUCGCUUGGAGAGGUCAGCAACUACAUGCUCUACAACAUUGCCAUCAGCGCAUGUGGAAGGGGGAGGGAAUGGCAGAAGGCUUUGUCACUGCUGUGGGAGAUGAGGUACGCCAGCUCAAAUCCAAAGAUAAGCAGCUUCAAUGCCGGAAUGAGCGCGUGUGCCCAGUCUGAGCAGUGGCAGCAGGCUGUGCUGUUGCUCGACAGAACAGCAGAGGCUCGGCUGGCUCCGAACACCAUCAGCUACAAUGCCUGCCUGAGCGCGUGCAAGAACGGUGCGCACUGGCAGGCAGCCGUGUCCUUGUUCCGUUGCCUGCAGGACGCCGGCUGCGAGCCCGACGUGGUCAGCUGCAGUUCGGUAGUUGCCGCCUGCGGCAGAGGCGGACAGUGGCAGGUGGCGUUAGCCAUGCUCCAAGGAUCGGGAACACGUAAGGCUCGAGCACGCCAGAACUCAGGUCUGCCGACGCUUUUUGAUGAUGAGCGCGUCCUGGAUUUUGACGGUCCAGUUUUCGUGGGAUGCCUGCAUCGGGAGUUCGCGGCAAUUUCUAGACUGGUGGGUUUUGUCAUUUUCAUUGGUGGCCCCGUCAGGCCAACUCGAGUCCCCAGAACCCGAGUCUUACGUCUCCCCGAAAGGAGCAAGAGGAGCAAAGCUUCACCUGAACAUCGCAAGCUACAAUGCUGGAAUCGGCGCCUGCCAGGGCGGUGGCCACUGGCAGCAGGCACUCUCGUUGCUGGGCCAGCUGCAGGAAGCGAACUUGGACCCAGAUGUCGUGUCCUUCACUGCUGGAAUCAGCGCUUGCGAGAAAGCUGGGCAGUGGCAGCAGUCGUUGUCAUUGCUUCGCGAGUUGGGGAAUGCGAAGUUUGCCCCGAACGUGGUCAGUUACAGCGCUGGAAUCAGCGCUUGCGGGAAGGGUGGGGAUUGGCAGAAUGCAUUGUUGUUGUUGAUCGAGAUGUCGACGCUUAGUGUUGAGCUCAACACGAUCAGCUGCAAUGCUGGCAUCAGUGCGUGCGAGAAGGGUGGGCAGUGGCAGCGGGCGUUGUUGUUGCUUCAGAGGGCGUUCGAAUCGAAUGUGGAGGCCGACGUCAUCAGCUACGGCGCCGCGGCCAGCGCCUGCGAGAAGCGCGGGCAGUGGCGACAGGCGCUGUCGCUGCUCAGCGAGAUGCGGGAGGCGAAGCUGCAGCCGAGUGUCCCUGGUCAUUUACAACAUUGGACUCAGCGCGUACGAGAAAGCUGAGCAGUGGCAGGUGGCGAUGUCUUUGCUGAGCGAGAUGCUAGAGAAGCAGAUGCAGCCAACCAUCAUCACUUUUAACGCUGGAGUCAGCGCUUGCGCGAAGUGCGGGCAAUGGGAGCAGGCGGUAUCGUUGCUCGACGAGUUGUGCGCCGUGAAGGUGGAGUUGGACAGUCUCAGCUACGGUGCUUGCGUGAGUGCGUUCGGGAAGGGCAGGCAGUGGGAGCAGGCGCUAUUGUUGUUCAGUGACCUGCAUGCAGCCAGGUUGGAGCGCGGGGCUUUCAGCUAUAAUGCUGCUAUUUCCGCGUGUCAGGGGGGCGGACAAUGGCAACAUGCAUUAUCUCUGCUAGGCGAGGCGUUGGAAGCGCAGUUGGAGCUGGAUACCACCAGCUACAGUUCUUCAAUCACUGGUUGCGAGACCAGCGGAAUGUGGCAACGGGCGUUGGCGUUGGUAAGCAGUAUGAGUGAUAUGCGUUUGGAGUUGGGGCAACGGGCGUUGUCAUUGCUUAGUGGCUUGCGUAAAGCAUCGGUGCAGCCAGACGGUAUCAGCUACAGUGCGUGUAUCCGCACUUGUAAGGCCAGUGGACAGUGGGAGCAUGCACUUGCGCUUUUCAGUGAACCGGUCACAUUGAAGGUGGAACCGAACGCCAUGACCUACAACUUCGUGAUCAAUGCGUGUGAGAAGGAACGCCGAUGGCAGCAGGCGUCGUCGCAUCGAAGGGAGGAGUUGGAAUCUAGGCGCGUAACGUCGCUGCCCAUCGAAAUACCCGAAGAGAAGUCGCUGCCCAUAAAUAUACCUGAAGUGCAAAUAAAGGCAGAUGCCAUAAGCUUCAACGCUGAAAUCACGGCGCGCGAGAAAGCGGGACAAUGGGAGCAAGCGUUGUCGUCCUUGAACGAGAUGCGGAAGGCGAAGUUGAUGCCCGAUACGGUCGCCUACAAUGCUGGCAUCCGUGCGUGUCAGACGGGCGGAAAGUGGUAUUGGACGUUGUCGCUGCUGCGGGAGAUGUCGGUGGCACGGUCGAAGGUGGAUGCCGCGAGCUACAGCGCCGGGAUCAGCGCGUGCCAGAAGGUCGGAUUGUGGCAGCUGGCGCUGUCCAUGAUUAGUGAUCUGCGUGCAGCGAGUUUUGCUCUGGGCGUCGCCAGCUGCAAUUCACUGAUCGGCGCGUGCGAGAAGGCAGGGCAGUGGCAGCGGGUGCUGUCGCUGCUGAGCAGUCUCUGCGAGGCCAACGUGGAGCUGGACCGCGUCAGGUGCAACAUGAAAAUCAGAGCUUGUGAGCACGGCGGAUUGUGGCAGGAUGCGCUAUCUUUGGUCAGUGAUGCACGCGCAGCGAAUUGGAAUCUUCGUGUCGCCAGCUGCACUGCACUGAUCGGCGCAUGCGAGAAGGCGGGGCAGUGGCAGCGUGCGCUGUCAUUGCUGAGUGGUCUCGGCGAAUCCAAGGUGCAUCCAGACAGUGCCAGGUACACCAUGGGAAUCAGAGCGUGCUCGCAGGGCGAGAGGUGGCAGGACGCACUGUUGAUGUUUUUGCAGAUGCUGGAAGCGAAGAUGGAGCUGGACACAGAGACCUACAACGCAUGUGCCAGCGCGUGCGAGCGAGGCGAGCUGCGACGGAAGGGACUGUCAGUGCUCAGCGGUAUGUGGGAGUGGGAGGGCCAGGCAAAGCAGUGGUGGAGCCAGCGCAGGCGAGGCGAAGAGUACCGUGCCCGGCGUGAGCGGCAUGAGCUUCUGAAGAGCCGCUUGGUGUCGCGGCUCCGCGGCUAGCGGGAAUCGAUGUACUGCAUAGGAACGGGCGGUCUACCCGCCUGUGCGCACGAGAGGGGCAAGACGUGGCAGCGGGAGUCUCAUUAUCCAGGGCAUCGUGGAAGUUGUGGUUGGAGCUGGCCGAUCGGCGGUAUUUCUGCUGCAGCCUGGCGUUCGCAAGGGAGCCGGACAUUGGCUUUAGGGGCCUCUCUGCAUCUCAGAAGGGCGCGCGACGUGGAGCUGGUGGCGCACUCCGACGCGGGCGCGUUGCGGCCCGCGCGACUCGGCAGAUGUGUGCACGGCGAAGUCGUCGCCCGAUGGCAUCGGACGGAGCGCUGCAGCCGGUGUACUCAAGAAGGAUUUGCAGCAGACUGGCGCCGCGCCGACGCGGCGGCGACCCCAGUGCCACGCCGGGGUGGACACGACACGAAUCUGCCGCACCCCUGCAGCGGCGGCGAGCGAUGCCGCAGCCCGGCCGCGAGCCGGGCCGCGCGUUUGGGGAGCGCAGGCGCGAGAACGCAGGCCGGGUGCCGUCGUGUGCGGCGUCUGCGCACGUGCUCAGAGGAGGAAAAAGACCCGUACCUCUACCCUCCACUCGUUUUCCUUAUUUUGACCCUCCUGGGCCUCCGUCGUCGCCACCGCUGGAUUGGCCUCGAAAUCCUGGUCAGAACGCACC